CUCUGUCACGGAACAGCAUGGAAUGCCUGGGGUCAAUGGUCCCAGUGUACGGAUACCUGUGGUGCAUGCGGCUCGAAACAACGUUUCCGAUCAUGCAACCAGACACUUCCAACUUGUCGUUGCGCUGGGUCGACUUUCCAAAAGGUGCCGUGCAAUUUCCUUGUUUGCACCUAUCCACGAGCAUCUUGUUGCAGAGGUUAUCAUCCUGGCUCUCUGAACAAUCAGUUCACUUGCAUUCCAUCGAUACCAGUACCAGUGGCUGGUGGAACCUGAUGAUGUUUCCGUAUCAAAAUUAUUCCGCUUCUUUCGACUAUCCUUCACCAGCAGUCCGUUAUAUAAUGCUAAUAGUGAAAUAUGAAUUUAUACACUCGAUAGCGUUACAGUACGGUCUGUAA